AUGACAAGAGCCGCGCGGGGGUCCGCCUUCCACUUCCUCAAGGGUCUCUACAACGCUCCCAAGGGCCACCGCCUCCUCGCCGCCUCCCAGGCCCUCCGCCUCAACGCCCCCCGCGUCGGCGGCAGCUUCGCCGUCUGGGGCGGCCUCUUCUCCCCCUUCGACUGCACCAUGGUCUACCUCCGCCAGAAGGAGGACCCCUGGAACUCCGGCGCCGGCGGCUUCCUCUCCAUGCGCCAGGGCCUCCCCGCCUCCACCCGCUCCGCCGCGUUCGGCGGCGUUCUUCUCGCCCUCAUCGAGGGCGCCGGCAUCAUGCUCAACAAGUUCCUCAGCGCCCAGCAGCCCAUGCCCAUCAUCAUCGACGAGCCUUUACCCCCCAGCGGGAUGCCCGCUCCUCUGACUCCGCCAUCUGACUCCGCUGUGCCGUCGUGGCUCGGCGGCUGGUUCGGCGGCGAGAAGAAGGACGAGCCUGUGGGUGCUGGAGGAAAGAGGUUUAGGUAG